AGAGAGGAAGAGGAGACGAGAGGCAGAAAGGAGAGCAGAAGAGUGAGGAAAUCGUUUUCAUUUGGAUCACAGCAAACAAAAAGAUGCAAUGCCACCAAGAUCAGGAAGCUCUCAUCCCCCGGCCUCGUGGGGCUUUGCCUAAGGUGUGUGCUGCGGCGCUGGUUGCCGUAACAAUGGGGGGUGUCCUGUUUUUGUCUCCUGAAAGGUUAUUUGGCUGGGUUGCCAUGGUGAUACUCACCCUAACCCUUGGCCCUCUUCUGCACGGGGUCUGUCUGCUAGCGGAGGAGAUGCUGUACCAUUCAAACACAAGAUAUCGAGGCCGAGAGCUGCUGAGCCACGUGCUUCCAGCCUGUGGUUUGGGGGGAAAGACCCUUCUGGCUGCAGCGAUGGCGGGCCUUCUGCUCUAUCUGGCCGGACAUCCUCUGCCGCACCAAGGCCAGUGCUGGAAACUCCUCUUCUUGACCUCGGUUCUUUACGCACUGUUAAAAAGCCUGGGAGUCCUGGGUCCAUCAGAGGUGGAGGUGUCAGACAUCUGCGAGGGGAGGAAGAUGAACGUGGCCCACGGCCUCGCCUGGUCCUUCUACCUGGGCUACCUGCGACUGGCGCUUCCACGUUUGGAGGAAUCCAUUGCAGCGUUUAGUGCCACCCAUCAGGCCAGAAAAUUGGGUCGUGGCUACAGGAAGCUCCUCAUCCUCGUACCCCUCAACGCCAACAUUUCUCACAAGCUGGAGGACGAGGACGACAGGAUCAGUUUCUUUGACAACCUUCCCAACAAUGAGAUCGACAGGGCAGGAGUCCGGGGGCGGGUCUACAAGCACAGCGUCUACAGAGUACUGGACGAGCAUGGGACGGCCCAUGACUGUGUGGUGGAGUAUGCCACACCUCUUCUGACACUUUACAGCAUGUCCCAGGAGACUAGCGCUGGUUUUGGGGAACCUGAGCGCAGGCAGCAGGUUCUGCUCUUCUACAGGACCUUGCAGGACAUACUGGAGCAUUCGCUGGAGUGUCGCAACCGCUACAGACUCAUUCUGCUCAAUGAUGAGCAUGAGGACGACCCUAACUUCCUGUCCAAGGCCCUCCUCAGACACCUGCAGCAGCAGGAGAAAGAGGAGUUCUUCCUCCCCCCUCAGCAGGAGGGACAACAGUUCGAAAGUCGUUCAAGUGCACCCAUAAACGGUGAAUGGCACAACCCUGACCCCAUGAGCAGGGAGCCCACGCUCAUGUACAGCCUGGAGAGACCUCAACCUCUAAGGGAACCUGUUGAGGACACGGACAUUUAUCCAGGGAGAAUAUAAACACACACACACUUGUCAACAAUAACUGAAAAAUAAUAGCAAUUAAAAUAUGUA